GAAGGGUGAGAAGGCGGAGAGAGGAACCAUUUUUAUCGUCGCUGUAGCUUUGAUAAAGUCGCGGGGUAAUGCAGUUAGUUGUGUGUAUGCAUGCAUGCUAAAAUUUAAGCUGUAAUUUUUUUUAUAUUUGCUUUUAAAGUAGCUUGUUGGUAGACGUGAAGCAGAAUCUUUUGUUAGGAGCGAAAUACUUAUUAGCUAACGGGCUAAAGAAGCAGCUGAAAUCGGUAGCAUUUUUAUCGCCAUUUUGCGCAUUCAGUAGCUCCCUACUUUUGGCAGCAGAAAGGUAGCAGACUUCGGAGCAUGGCGGAGGCCGACCGACCAGGGAAGCUCUUCAUCGGCGGACUGAAUACGGAGACCACCGAAAAGGCCUUGGAGCAGUACUUCAGCAAAUAUGGCAGGAUUGUGGAAGUUCUUUUGAUGAAGGAUCGUGAAACAAACAAAUCAAGAGGCUUUGCAUUUGUAACUUUUGAAAGUCCUGCUGAUGCAAAGGAUGCAGCACGCGAAAUGAAUGGAAAGUCUCUUGAUGGCAAGCCUAUCAAGGUUGAGCAAGCUACAAAACCUCAGUUUGAGAGUGCUGGCAGGCGCGGACCUCCACCCAUGCACUCUCGCAGUCGCGGGCCACCCAGAGGUCCACGUGGUUCAAGGGGAGGUCCUGGUGGAAUGAGAGGCCCCCCAUCAAGAGACUACUAUGAUUCAGGAAGUGUAGAACCCUUCUUUAAAGGGAUGUCAUCCAGAGGCCCCCCUCCAAUGAAACGAGGGCCCCCUAUUCGAAAUGGAGGUCCCCCACCCAAGAGGUCUGCCCCAUCUGGUCCCAUGAGCAGACCUCCCAUGUCAAGGGACAGAGAUCCCUAUGGUCCACCUCCACCUCGCAGAGACUCGAUGAUGUCCAGAAGGGAUGAUUAUCCAUCACCCAGAGAUGACCAUUACAACUCAAAAGACAGCUACUCCAGUCGGGAUUACUCCAGAGAUUCUAGGGACUAUGGGCCACCUUCCAGAGAUUAUUCCUACAGAGAAUAUUCUAAUUCCACUUCCCGCGAUGACUACGGCUCAAUGUCAAGAGGAUACAGUGACCGUGAUGGUUAUGGAGGAGGCAGGGAACCAAGAAGCUAUAUGGACCGUCCUAGUGGUGGCUCCUACCGAGACUCAUAUGAUGGUUACGGUAACUCUCGCAGCGCCCCACCUUCAAGGGGCCCCCCACCAUCCUAUGGUGGGAGCAGUGGAAGCAGUCGUUAUGAUGACUAUGGCAGCAGUUCCCGGGAUGGCUAUGGCAGUCGUGACAGUUACCCCAACAGUCGGAGUGACCCAUAUCCACCUAGCCGUGGUGAGCGAAUGGGCAGACAGGAUAGGGGCCCAGCUCCCCCUGCCGAGAGAGGCUACCCUCCUCGUGACUCGUACAACAGCUCAAGUCGUGGAGGGCCACGUGGUGGCCGUGGUGGCAGUCGAGUCGAUAGAGGAAUGGCUCGCAGCAGAUACUGAACUGGACUUGGAAAUGUCAUUAAACCAAACGUUAGUCUCCAUGCACACUUAAAACGUGUUUUGGAGGAAGGACAAACUAGCCAUGUCUAAAUUUGUGGAAUCUGAAGCUUAGUUUUGAACUGUGUCUUGACUUUCCCAAUUUUUUUUUUCUUUUAUGUGUAAAAGUUUUUUUUCUCUUGCUUAUGUCAGUACAGUUACCAAGUGAGUGUUAGUUUUUUGUACUUUCAGUGCUGUUGAAAUCUGCAAUGCCCUAUAAGUAUGGCUUUCCUAAUCUAAUAAAGGUUUUAGUUGUACCAUAACUUUUUCUUGAUUUUUCAACAACAGACCGUAACAAAUGUUACGUAACAACAUGAUCUCCUUAAAAAGGUCCUCUGUAAAACUUAGGUGAGUCUGCUAAAUAUUGGAGUGAGAUGCGUUCAUUCUUGCCACAAAUGUACUUCCAACUGGACGCUACUGUUUUCACGGUUAGGCAAAUGUCACUGUCAAAAUGUUCCAAUGUAGUUCCUUGGAAAUGGAUUCAUCACCCUAGAGCCAUUUGAUGGCAUGCAACGACCAAAUGCAACUCGACUGAUAGUCAACAGCUGGUAAGCAAAGCAAAACUCUUUGUUUCUCAUCUGUAAAUGAGUUUCUCAUUGUCCUGUAUUGCACUCUCCAGUCAAAGGGCGAUAUUCAAGGAAACUUGUCUUCAAGGGACAAAAGGAAAAAAGGAAGUCGACUGAAAUGAACCUUUUCGUUGUAGUCCAUUUUCGUCACUCAAAAUUGUCAAAAGUGCAGCAACAUGCCAAGAAGUUUCUUCCCUUUUCACCCGUGAAUGCUUUUAACACCCAUUUUACCAACUGAGCCCCAAGGCUCCUUUUUGCCCAACCAGUCAUCCGACAUCAGUAAAAUGAUUGGCAACCGUGCAUUUUUUACAUCAUGGGGUAAUAUUUAGUAUUUUUUUCCUCUAUAAACACCUCAAAGCAAUCUUUAAAUUAAAGACUUGGUAUCAAAAUCAUUUCCUUGAGCAUGCCAAUUCAAACAAUGGAGACCGUUGGAAGAGCACCAUCAUCCCAACUGCCAAACCGGAAAACAAUGAAACUAAUGUACAGUUGGACCAAGGACAACAAUAUAAUUUUCAAUUACCUCAUAAUACAUAAUUAAGAAAAAAGCCCCAUACUAAUAUGAUGAUCUCAUUGCAGGAUGAACAUUGCUUCAAGGCAAUUGCCCUUUCAACAUAUCUGAAUGUCUUCAAGUCCUGGACUAGUUGAGCUACAGUGCAUCCGCAUAACCAUGUCUAACAGACUAAUGCUGGCACAGCUUUCUGUUCAGAGGUCGGGCUGAAUCUUCGUAUUGAGCAACGCAUUGAAAGUGGGAGAAAUGUACAGCCAUCAAAUGAACUUUGUACUGUUUUCAAUAAAAGCUUUGAAGAGGU